AUUUAAUCUUUUUGACAAAAAUCACUUCUAAUUGUUAUUUGAACAAUUAUGUGAGCAAAUAUUACCACCUAGAUGCGAAUAAUUCAAUUAAAAAAUGUUCUGUUCUGUUUUGUUGACCAAAUCUGGUUGAACAAAUGUAAUAAAUAAGCGAUAAAUGUAAUCGCUGCGUGUAGUUUGCGAUAAAGACUGCACGACGCAAUUUAAAAACAGGAAGUACUUAAAAACGAAAGUAGGAUUUGGGAGAAACCGAAAAUGGAUUUAGAAAUCUAAUUGUGAAUGCACUUGAAUAUCAUGCCAUCAUUGUCGUUUUUGCCAUUUUCAUUAUUUUGUUACUGUUUAUGUUGUUGUUGUCAGAUGCCCUUAAAGGGCCAUGACUUUAUCAAUAAACUUGAAGCUUAUCAAUAAACGUUGAACUUGUAUGGUAGAAUUAACAUGACUGAGAAACAGGAAUACACAGAAUCAGAUGAUGACAGGCGGAUUGUGGUUGGGAAUCUACCCACAAACUGCGAAAAGGAAUUUUUAGAGAAUUUCUUUGAAAGUCGUAAACAGUUUGGAGAUGGAAUAACUGUUGAAAGUAUUGAUUUUGAAAAUGAUGAAGCCAUAAUUACCUUCGAACAGGCUACAGAUGUUGAUCAAAUUUUACAGAGACAUGUCAAGAAACCCUGUGUGUUGGGAAAGAAAGAGUUAACAAUAAAACCAUUGAAAUCUUACAGUGAUACCGUAGAUGGAGGCUCUUUUGUUGUUGUGUGUGACAGAAGUCAAACAAACACCAGUAGAGACAGCCACUAUAGCAGCAUGCAGUCCAGUUUGUUGUCUCUGAACAGUAUUGCAAGUGUUGACAGUAGCGAACUGUUUGGUUCAGGGGAAAGCAGGUAUCAAAACUUCAGUAAAGUAUUUGAGGAACUACACCUGGUCUACCAUCAACCUGGCCGAGAAAAGUGUGUAAUUAAACUAUGUGAGACAGACGUGUCGCCAGUAAUUGUCAGUUACGCUGCAACCACUUGUUCAGCUGACAAAGCCACGCAUGAGUCCCUUAGGAAAACACCAAAUAAGCCGCAAACCUUACUUCAAGAAACACUUCGUACGCAGUUCGAUGGAGAAGUCGAUAUCAAGACAGAGGCAUUCAAUAUUAUUGUGACACUAAUUGGAAAAGUUGAAACAAUUAACAACGUACAGGAUUUCCAGAAAGCCGUGAUGGCUACUUUGAAGUCAUUUGAAGGAAUUGUAGCUGUUCAGCUGCAUGAAUCAGAUGCUGAAAGAUUUGAUCUUGCGUUAAAACACUUUCUGCCCCUUCUCCAUAGUAACCACACAAUCAAAAUGUUUAGAGCAGAUGACGAAUUUUCAUUCUUCGUCGCCUAUCAAACGAAACAUGACAAAAAUCUUGUCGACAUUCAUAUUGCAAUUGUCAAAGAUCAAGCUAUUAUUAGACAAGAGAAACCAUUGCAAAUGAAAGAUUAUUACAAGGUAAAGGCCUACAGAUCAGUUUUAGAUAAUCAGAGUGCUAUGAUCACCAUUGAUGAAAAUCGCGUGGUUAUUGAAGGCUUCAUAGAAGAUUUAAAUACUACGGUGUGCGCUGUAAAUAGGGUAUUACAUACUUCUCACUUCGUUACAAAAAGGAUGGACGCAUUUGCAAUAGAUCAACUGAAAGAUGAAGGUAUUGUUACAGAAAUUCGGCAUUUACUGACAAAGAACAAUCUGAAGGUUUGGUGGGAAGUGUCAGGCAAUUUUCUCAACGUUGUUGGAAAAAAUGAAAAACAGGUUAUCAAAGCUGCAGAGCUUAUUUCCGCGUUCUUUUCCACGUAUAGCGUUGAAAUACCGGAUUAUCUUCUUGAUUCGCCAAAGUGGGAGAGGACCAAAACACUUGCUUUUCUAAAGAAUCAAAGGCGAUUGUUUGUUGACGAUAAAACAGAUCGACAUGUCGUCGUUAUAAAAGGCACAGCAGAGGUAUGUAAAAUUUUUGCUGAGACGACAGAAGAUCUGAAGAAAGAAUGUACUCGAGUUAAGACCAGAAAAACGCUGUCGGAGGCGAAAUGUGGUUUUGCCUUAAAGUACCUUCAGGAGGACGAGGAAAACAUGAAAGAACGAGAUUAUCUUAAACUGCAACAAGGAAGUAAUAAAACAGAACUAAUUGUCGAAGGUACAGAAGUUGCUCAACAAAAGAUUGAAUCCAAGUUUAAAGAAAUAUCCACACUAAAGUUCUGGGUCUGUGAUGAGAAGGCUGUGGACAGACUGAGGACGUUGCCAGAGGAAAAGGAAUCCAGACCGGCUGGAACGGUUCAUGUAUUCGAGAACCACACUCGGGUUAUUUUUAAGAAUGGGAGAAUAGAGGACGAACAGGCGGAUGUAAUCGUAAACUCAGCAGCGCAGGAUUUAAACCUUAGUACAGGAGACAAUACCGUCACCCAUUCUAUAAGCAAUGCCGCUGGUGAACAAGCACAGAAGUGUUUAGAGCGUUUCAAAAGACCGGUUCCAGCUGGUACGGUGAUAGCUGGGGACGCUGGUAAUAUGAAAUGCAAGGCUAUAUUUCAUGCAGUUUUAGAUAAGUUCAAUCCGAUAGACAAUUCGAGCAUAGAGAACCUUAGGAAGGUUGUCACUUCAUGUCUUGCUACGGCAACAACGCGUGGCUUUGUGAGCAUAGUUUUUCCAGCGCUCUGUACUGGUGUUCACGGAUACCCAAUCAAGACAGUAGCAGAAACCAUGCUGAAUUCCAUUACCGCAUACUGCUGUCAGAAUGAACUGCCUUCACUGAAGGAAGUUGUUAUUAUUUUCUUAGAGGGAGACAACAACAAGAAAAAAGCAUUUGAAGAUUGCAGAAGUAUUUGUCUACAGAAGUUAGAGGGUAUGAAAACAGAGAAGAUCCUGACGGACAGAGUGCCGUGGCCAUGUCGCUUUUUCUGUCACAUUACAGCCGCCACGCAUGCAGAUGCCUCCAAAUUUUCUGAACAAGUCAAUGCCGAACUUAUGGAACAAACGUUCCUUAAAACCGAGUAGAGGCAUGUAGUAUUUACCAGAAACUCGUUCUGUUCCUUACAACAGUUAACAUC